CAGAAUUGGACUGGUGCAGCCGGUCCCCAUAAUAAUAACUAGACUAGCUUGGGACUCCAUAGGAGAGUUGGUCAUUGUCGGACUCCGUACAGUAGUAAGAUUAGUAGUAAUAAUAAUCCCGUGCACAUAACCCAUCAUAACCACUCGGAUGACUGAUCAUGACCCUUCCAGCGCAGCAGGUGCUUUUGCUGGUCCGGGUCGAUGACGAUGGAAUCCGUUUCGCUGCCUCACUUUGGGGCGCACACACCGUGUUUGUCCUUCCACUGCGACUCGUCCGAUCGAUGUGUCUAACCCGUUGCAACCAGGUCCAAUUCGGGCCUCUGUUGAACAGUCAGCGUGUCACCCUCCCCUUGACCUUUCCCAGUACUAGGUCUAGUCCUGAUUUGGGAGGUGGUGUGUCUUCCCAUUUUUUCCUUUGCUGACUGAGGACCGCCAUUACUGGUCUGCUGGACGUGGGUUGGUCGUGUUCUCUCCCUCCUUCCUUUUCCUACUUCUCUUUCCUACCUUACAGUGCUUAGUGUG